GUGGGCUAAACCUCGUCCAAGACACCUAGGCACUGCCACCAUCCUGGCCAAGAUGGGCUUGCUGUUCCUUGUCUUGCUGCUGUCACUUUCCUGCGUCUUGGGACUGCCAUUCUACAAUGGCUUCUACUAUUCCCAUGGCCCGCAUGGCAGGACCCUGAGCGAUGGCUACGGGGAAGGCCUUUUCAGUGGAGUAAAGCUGGUGGUGGAGACAACCGAGGAGUCCCUGUUCAGUCACCGGGGAGCCACUGUGACACUGCCCUGCCACUACCACUAUGAGCCGGCCCUGGCGUCCCCGAGACAUGUGCGUGUGAAGUGGUGGAGGUCAUCAGAGAACGGGUCCCCGGAGCAGGAUGUGCUCGUGGCCAUCGGGCCGAGGCACCGCUCCUUCGGGGACUACCAAGGGCGAGUACAACUGAGGCAGGACACACAGCAGGAAGUCUCGCUGGAGCUCAGGGACCUGCGGUUGGAGGACUCUGGGCGCUACCGCUGCGAGGUCACUGAUGGGCUGGAGGACCAGAGUGGCCUGGUAGAGCUGGAGCUUCGGGGCGUGGUUUUUCCCUACCAGUCCUCCAAAGGGCGCUACCAGCUCAACUUCCACGAGGCCCAACAGGCCUGCCGGGAGCAGGAUGCUGUGGUGGCUUCCUUUGAGCAGCUCUUCCGUGCCUGGGAGGAGGGCCUGGAUUGGUGCAACGCCGGCUGGCUGCAGGACGCCUCUGUCCAGUACCCUAUAGCGCUGCCCCGGCAGCCUUGUGGAGGCCUCGGCUUGGCGCCGGGUGUUCGCAGCUAUGGCCAGCGCCACCGCCGCCUGCACCGCUAUGAUGUGUUCUGCUUCGCUGCUGCCCUCAAGGGGUGGGUGUACUACCUGGAGCACCCUGAGAAGUUAACACUGCAGGAGGCCAGGGAGGCCUGCCUGGAAGACGGCACACAGAUCGCUACGGUGGGCCAGCUCUUUGCUGCUUGGAAGUUCCGUGGCCUGGAUCGCUGUGAUGCUGGCUGGCUGGCGGAUGGAAGUGCCCGCUACCCCAUAGUUCACCCACGCCCCAACUGUGGGCCCCCCGAGCCAGGAGUACGGACAUUUGGCUUCCCAGAUCCACAUGCCCGCUAUGGUGUCUACUGUUACCGCCAGCAUUAGCAGAGUGGCCAGCUGUGCGUUCGUCCCGCCCCCCGACUUCCUGACACAAGGGUCCACCUUGCCUUUUGGGAGUUGGGGCAUUGCUUGUAUUAUUUUUAUAUUUUCCAACUUAAACAUAUUGUUUUGUUUUGCUUCUCGAGACAGGGUUUCUCUGUGUAACAGUCCUAGCUGUCCUGGAACUCACUUUGUAGGCCAGGCUGGCCUCAAACUCACUGAGAUCUGCCUGUCUCUGCCUCCCAAGUGCUUGGAUUAAAGGUGUGUGCCACCACCACUUGGCAAUUUAAACAGUUUUUUUUUUAAAGAUUUUUUUUUUUUCAGAUCUAACUCUCAAUUUUCUUGGCAUCCCUUUCUGGGACAUUUGAGGUCCACUGACCUUUAAAAGGCUCUGCCACAUUCUGGUACAGCUGGCAUCCCUAACCCAAGGA